UGAGCGGAAAAAAGGGGCCACCUUCUCAACGGACGUCUUCGGGACCAUCGUCCGGUGCGGGAGGACGAGACAGAUGGCAGCGGAACGACGGGCUAUGGAGGGCGGCGCCGCGGCUAGACGUGAUGUGCUGAGUCAUGGUGAGCUCCAGGCGGUGGCGGCGGCCGUGUCGACGAUCGUUCUUCGAUAUCAGCAGGAGAGGGCGCUAGGGCGACUGAAGGAGCAUUUGCGCGCGCGUAGACGAAGGACAUUGACGCAAGAUCCGCACGAUGGUGUCGAGUUCGUGGCGACGUCAGAAGCUGUUGUUCAGUUGUGCUAUGCGUUGGGCUGCGAAGUGAUACCCCGCGCGACGCCGCGGUGGUGGGUGAAGCGCAGGACAGGAGGAACGUGGGAAGACCUCAGGCUAUGCGACGAUGCGACUGACGACUACUUCCGCGAUAAGCUGCGAAUGUCGCCGCGAGUGUUCCGGAAGAUCGCGAAGGCGUGUGCGCCUCAUCUUCGGCGGCAGGUGACGUUCUACAGGGAGCCUUUGCAGUCGGACCAGAUUGUGGCAUACGCACUGUACAGGUGGGCGUCAGGUGAGACGUAUGAGAGCAGCACGUGCAAUUUCGGGAUCGGACGAGCUUCUGGGCUGAUUGUCGUUCACGACGUGACUGCCGCGCUGCUGAGGGUGUUCGGCGAUAAGAUAGCAUGGCCGACGGGAGUUCGUAAACAAGUCGUUCUUCGGGCCUUCGCUGAUAAAGGCUUCCCCAACUGCCACGGUUGCAUUGACUGCACUCACAUCUACGUCGACAAGUCAGCGAAUGCUCUGAGCAAAAAUUACUACGACAGGAAGCGCCGUUUCUCCAUCGUCGCGCAGGUCGUUGUCGACUUGGACUUGCGUGUGGUAGACGUGCACAUGGGAUACCCCGGUAGCUGCCACGACAUCAAGGUGCUGCAGUUGUCUAGCCUGUCGCUGCGCGCGGAGGAGGGGUCGUUGUUCCGCGGGCCCCCCGUCACACUGCCGUUCGGUGUGAAGACGAACGGUUACCUUCUGGCGGACAAUGGGUACCCCCCUGCCGAAUGGAUGGUCAUCCCGUACGGCGGUAUCAAUUUGAGCGUCGAGCAGGAGUGGUUUGACAACAAGCAGAAGGUGGCAAGGGGAGCGGUGGAGCGGGCGUUCGGCAGGCUGAAGGGCAUGUGGCGGCUGUUUCUCCGAACACACAAGACAAACCUGGAAACGCUCCCGCAGCAGUUCACCGCCGUCUGCAUACUGCACAACUUACUGAUCGACGAGGGGAUCCCUCUCGACGAGAAUCUGCUGUGGGAGGUCGACGGUAAUGGUGUGCGACGACGAGUGGACCUGGGGAUCGACGAGCCCCUCCAGCCUGCGUCGAUGUUGACGUCGACCCGCGAAGCCUUAGCCCUGAGGCAUGCUUUGGCGGAACGAAUGAAACACGAAUGAGUCGUGUAUCAUUCGUGGACAACAGCACAUGAAGAUGGCUUAAUUGCAACAAUG